AUGGACCUAGAGAAGUUCUACAGAGAAGACCAUAUCUUGUACAAGGUCAUUGUUGGUGAUUGUAACGCCAGGAUUGGACCAGAAAAACUCCUGAGGAACUUCACAUCGGGGCUCACGGCCCGUAAUGGAGGGAGGAGGGGCUUUCCGAGUUUAUCAUGGCGACUAAAGCCAUCCAUGGGAACUCGCAAUUCCAGAUGUCCUCCUAUCUACGCUGGACGUGGGAUUCAUUUGGUGGAGGGUACCAUACUGAAAUUGACCACAUCAUCGUCAGCAGAAGACUCUGGCUGGGAAAGAACUCCUUUUACCCGGAGAGAACAGAAAGCCGCUAAGUUCAGAGAGCGAAGUCCCAGAACUACCGUUGACUGGGAUCUCUUCGCUACGCUAGCCGGCUCUUGGGAAGAUUCAAUGGACAGAAUUGACGAUGAAUGCGACCAGGUCGUAGAACAUCUUCGUGACUGCACGAGGAGAGCUCAGAGUUCUAAAAACUUCAAGAGACGCUUGCUUUUGGAAACUCUAGAUCUUUUACAAUUCUACCAAUCGCAAGACGAGGAUGAGUGCUUUCCGGAACCCGAAUUUAACAACCAUAGCAUCGAGAUGCAAAAAAUCAUUCACGACUUCUACUCUGAUCUCUUCGACAGCUAUGCCCACUUGCCUCCUCACAAUGUGAGGGAAGACGGACAUGCCAUUUUACUGACUCUCCCGUCCGAAGUACGACAUGCUAUCAUGUCGGUAAGGAAUCGUACUGCAUCCGGUCCCACAGCAUAA